CGUCUGUUGGCAGAAAGUGGAAGGGGUCGUCAUUUUCGUUUGCCUGGUUUUUCUUCAUUUCUUUGCUCGUUCUGCCAUGGCUUCCGAUGAAAUUGCCUUGAACGCUGCACCCUGGUUCAUCAUUUACAAAGACCGUCGGAUCGACAGGCUUAUCGGCAACGACAUCGAUCCUCCCGGUCUUGAUCCGAAAACCGGCGUGGAGUCCAAAGAUGUCGUUAUCUCGCAGGAAGAUUCCGUCGCUGUCCGGAUUUACAGGCCUAAAUCUGCUGCCGGCGCUGGAAAAGGAGAUCAGAAGCUCCCUCUUCUUGUUUACUUCCAUGGCGGUGGGUUCUGCAUCGAAACGGCGUUUUCUCCUUUUUACCACCAGCACCUCAACCCUUGGGUGGCUCAAGCCAACAUCGUCGCUGUCUCCGUCAACUAUCGACGCGCACCGGAGCACCAGCUACCGAUUCCUUUUGAAGAUUCAUGGAGUGCUCUGAAAUGGAUCGCGGCUCACUCGAAUGGAACCGGGCCAGAUGAGUGGUUGAAUGAAAUUGCAGAUCUGAACCAGGUUUAUCUGGCUGGAGAUAGCGCUGGAGGGAACAUCGCCCACCGGAUGGCGCUGCGGAUGGCGACGGAGGGGCUGGCCGGAGUGAAGAUCAAGGGAUUGCAGUUGAUUCACCCUCAUUUUUGGGGGGGAAAAUUGAUCGGAGAAGAAAAGGAGUGGGAUCCGAAGAGCAUAUAUGUGGUGGAGAAUCUGUGGUAUUGGGUUUCGAAGGAUAUUAAGGAUUUAGAUGAUCCGAUUGUGAAUCCGGAGCACGAACCGGAUUUGGGGCGGCUUGCGGCGGAGAAAGUGGCGAUUUAUGUAGCGGAGAAGGAUAACCUGAAGGAGAGGGGACGGCAUUACGCGGAAUGUUUGAGGAAAUCAGGAUGGGGCGGAACCGUGGAUGUGGUGGAAACCGACGGCGAAGGGCACGUGUUCCAUUUGUUCAAUCCAAGCUGCGACUCGGCGGCAGACCUCGUCGGACAGCUCGCGGCGUUCAUCAGCGGCAAGUGCGGUUGUUGAAUGAACAAAGAAAUGUACUCUCCCCUGCCUUCUUCGUUCUUCAUUGUCGUCGUCGAUGGCCGGCGGGAGGAAUCUUAUGCCGUUUUUAAUUCGGUUUUGAGUUUUCUGUGGUAAUCUUCCAAUGAAUUGGGAAAGAUUAUAAUAAUAGUGAUGUGAUUGCUUGCUUGUUCAUUGUUA